UAAUGAUUGACAGCUGAAGAGGCGGGACUGAAAUUACAUUCGAUGUCUAUUGGCUAAGUUUCUUUGACGUCACCACAUUGGAAUGCAAAUCAAGAGCGUUGCCUCGACCCACCUCCUCUCUUGCUCUGCUGCUGCUACUCCGAACCGAGUGUGUUGGGCGCUGCGAGCCACCGUCCACAGAUACAUGUUGUUGGUGUUGGAGCAGCACCAAGGAAGCUCGGCCACAAGGAGGAACAAGACUACGAGGGCUUGGAAAAGGGCACAGGAGAGCCAUUCAGAAGAGCCGGGGGUCAAAGGUGAGAAGAGCAGAGGGCACCAUGGAGAGUGAACCCGGGGCCCCUGCCUCCACCGCCAACAGUACUGGGACCCUUUCCACCACCACAGCCACCACCCCCUCCUCCUCAUCUUCCUCCUCCACCACCACCAAUUCUGCCAGCAACUCGUCUGUUAGCACUAGCUGUACCUCUAAUGCCACUACUGUUGCUUCUGCUACAUCUGCUAGUAGCAGUAGUAGUACUACUACUACUAGUAGUAGUAACACUAGCAGCAGUGUCAACAGUAGCACUACAGUAGGAAGGCAAGCGAUGCCCCAGAUAUCCGUUUACAGUGGAAUACCUGACAGGCAGACGGUACAGGUUCUUCAGCAGUUUCACAGACAACCAAACACAGCAGCUCAGUACCUCCAGCAGAUGUAUGCCGCUCAGCAGCAGCAUUUGAUGCUGCAGACUGCCGCUCUGCAGCAGCAGCACAGCCUCAGCACCGCCCAGCUGCAGAGCCUCGCUGCAGUUCAGCAGGCCAGUAUCGCGGCUGGCCGGCAAACUUCUUCACAGAACGGCACUUCAUCUCAACAGACGGGGUCCACUCAGGCUACGAUCAACCUGACCACCUCCCCAGCGGCUGCUCAGUUGAUUAGUCGGGCCCAGAGCAUUAGUUCCACCCCCACUAGUAUUUCCCAGCAGGCUGUUCUGCUCGGCAGCCAAUCCAGUCCAACCCUCACAGCCAGCCAGGCACAGAUGUACCUGCGUGCACAGAUGGCCCAGCAAAGUAACCUGGUGCAGGUGGCCAGGAACCUGGGACGGGCUGUUCCUCUGUCCCCACAGCUCAUCUUCACGCCAGCUGCCACAGUAACCGCUGUGCAGUCAGACAGCUCUGCUCAGGCCUCCUCACAGAAUCAGGUUCAGAAUCUGGCUAUACGUGGCCAGCAGGGGGCGACCACAUCCUCCUCUCAGACUCAGACCUUGCAGGCUCUCAGUCUGAAGCAGAAUCCAGUUCCCAUUCAACCUGCCUCACUGGUCAAGAAUCCCAGCCAAGCGACCCAGUCCUCCUCCGGGGGCAAGGCCGGCACCUCCGAUGGUCUCCCUGAUGGAGGAAAGAAGGGGGACAGUGUAGCUGUUACCGAGGUCCGAGCUAUAAACAUGAGCCGCAGUGUUUCUGCUGUCAGCUCUCAGCCUCUCAUCGCUCCUGCGUACACCCAGAUUCAGCCCCAUUCACUGGUUCAGCAGCACAAACAACAGCAGUUUGUGGUGCAGCAGAGUCAGAGUUCCCAACGGACAGCAGGCCAGCUGCUGCAGACGGCCUCCAUUCAGCCAUCCCAGCACCCCGUCCCCGUGCUGCCCAAACCUGCUCCUCACCAACCAGCCACUCCCAGCCAGCAGGCCACCAUCUUCCACUCCACCAUCAGCCCCCACGCUCUUCACUCCUCCAUCAACCACGCCAAAGCUCAGCCCGUCCAGCUCACUGCCAUCAAUUUACAGAUCCAGCCAACGGCUGCUAGACUGCUUCAGGAAAAUAAAGACAAGCCCACCUCACUGGUGGUCAGAGAGACGAGUCAGCCUCCGUCCACACAGCAGCGACAACAACAACAACAACAACAACACCCUGCGCCCUCCUCAUCGCAAUCCUCCAAGAUGGGAGAUCAAAUCAAAGUCAACCAGGCCACACCUCCUGUUCAACCACAAGGGUCUGACUCUGCAAAGAGGCCAAGCGCAGUCACGGCGGGCUCCCCACCUCCUGCCAUGACUUCCGGAAACGAGAGCGAGGCGCCCACCGUGAUGGGCAGCACGCCACAGAAUGGAGAGAGCAAACCGCCACAGGCCAUCGUCAAGCCUCAGGUCCUCACACACGUCAUCGAAGGGUUCGUCAUCCAGGAGGGAGCGGAGCCGUUCCCCGUUUGUGUGGAGCGUUUGCCCAUCCUCAUUGACAGUCCAAAGAAGCUGGAUCAUCAGCUGUCCUCAGACCCUGACAAAACUCCAGUCAGCAACGCGGCAAACACAGACUCCGAGCCUGAGGACAUAAACCAGCCAGAGAAAGAAGAACCCAAGCUGACCUGUGAAUAUUGUGGCUGGGUAGACUUUGCCUACAGGUUCAAAGGCUCCAAACGCUUCUGCUCUGUGGUUUGUGCCAAGAGGUAUAAUGUCGGCUGCACAAAGAGGGUUGGACUUUUUCGUCCGGAGAGGAACAAACCAACUAAUCGCUGGCGCCGGAGAUCCCAGGGUCGGCCCAGCAUAGAGGCCAAAAAGCAGAAACUUUCUCCCUUACAACAGAACCAGGGUGGUUCAGUGUCCUCUCCACACGCCUCUCAGCCCAGUCAGGAAGAGUCCAGUCCAUGUUCAGACAUGUCCAGCUACGAAGAGCCGCAGUCUCCUUUGUCAGUAGCCAGCUCAGGCCCCCUCGCCCCCGCUCCAGUCUCUGCUCAGGUCCCUGUCCGUCAGCCAAGCAGGGCCUUGGACCAGGAUGGCGGCUCUGGAAGAGAUGCCCCGUCGCUCUGUGAACGCUUUCUACCCAGCGACCCCACCAAGUGGAACGUGGAAGAGGUUUACGAGUUCAUCCGCUCGCUGCCAGGUUGUCAGGAAAUUGCAGACGAGUUUCGCUCUCAAGAGAUAGAUGGACAAGCUUUGCUCUUACUGAAGGAGGACCACUUGAUGAGCACCAUGAACAUUAAGCUGGGACCAGCACUUAAGAUCUUUGCACGCAUCAACAUGCUCAAAGACUCAUAGCAAGAAUCUUUCUGUUUGUGUAGACUGUAGCACCGACGGCACACAUAACUAACUGCACUACAGCCUUUCAUUUUUGGACUCCUUUCACUUGAACCUGCAAGUGCAUUGCCUUUUUCUUCUUGCCAUUUCUGGCUUGUUAGAGAGCUGUUUGACUGGUUUGGAAGAACCAUCAUACCACACACACAUACAUGCUGCCCAUGUAAGCAUCAUAUUCAGUUUACAUGUGGAGCUCUGGAAAAGGGUAGCGUUUGGGAGGACUUCAACUGAUUAUUUGUGUCUGUGCUGGGUCACACCGCAUCACAGUUGGUGCUGAUUUAGCUCAAAACACGAGUGACGUCUGAAUUUAUUAUUGGUGUUUUUGAGCGCUUUUCUUGGCACGCGAAUGAUGGGGAGAUGGCUGCUGGGAGCACAAGAUGGCACUCAUUAAUUGACUCGUUUUUAUUCAGCAUAUGAUCCUUUCCCUUUUUUCCUAAUAAGACUUUAACACAAAGCUUAAAAGCAGAGACACUAUUCAGACAGCUUCUUUAGCCAAUUUUACUCUGUAGAUUUAAACUGCAUACAGUUUUGUUUUAAAGGAAAGUUAAAGAUGAAAUACAUUUUCUGUCCUAAUUUCAGUGGAGGACACUAAUUUACCCCAAGGUUUCCACUGUUUGUUUUUUUCCUGUCUUCAAUUUUCCUCCAAAAAGAAUGGUUCUGAGGUUAUCUUAUGUUGCAUUUAUGAAACACAAAGGUUUAUAUGUACAUAGCAGUUCAAGGAAUGGGAAAGGGGUCUAACUGUUCUUUCUGUAACUUAUCUUUUUUAUUUUUAAAUAGAAGUAUAAAUUUACAAAAUAUUUUUAAAAAUAUGCAAAUGUAUGAAGCAACAUUGGCCUUUUUUAAGAUCUUUAAUUGCGUUUUCGUGGUGUUAUAGAAGUAAGCCUUUUUUUUUAAACCAUUCAUUGUAAAAUGCCUGUAUUUAUGAAAACUGUUUGUAUCACAUUUUACAGUCAUAAAUAACUUGCUGAGUGUU